AGACACUCCGGAGUGUCUUCUGUCGUCCGGGGGGGCCCCAUGGAAACGGCGCGGAGAGCCCCCCAAGGGAGCGCUGGGCCCGAGGCGCUGCUGGGCGAGCUGGAGGCGCGGGUCCAGGACGUGGUGAAGGCGAGCUCGUGGUGGGAGCGCCACGGCGUGGAUUGCGCCAUCCUGGGGCUCAGCCUCCUCUCCUUGCCGCCUGGGUUCCUGUGUUUGCGCUCCGGGAACGUCCUGGUCUUCAUCCUGGGCAUCGCCAUCCUGGGCGUGUGCCACUACACGCUCACCGUCAAGGGCAGCCACCUGGCCACUCACGGCGCCCUCACCGAGUCCAAACGCUGGAGCAGGAUCUGGGCACACUUCUUCGUGGAGGUGUGCACAGCCUUCCCCACAGAGGACGCCAAGUAUGGACAUGUCAAAAUGCACCACGGCUACACCAACGUGCUGGGCCUGGGGGACUCAAGCACGUGGAAGCUGCCUUAUCUCAACCGCUAUGUCUACAUGUUCCUCGCUCCCCUCCUGAUCCCCGUCAUCACCCCGCUGGUGGCUGUUGAGCGGCUGAGGAAGGCGAAGCUUGGAGUGGCUCUGCGGACGCUGGGCCUGAUCUCCCUGGGCCUUUAUUCUCACUACUGGCUGCUCCUGAACGUGUCUGGCUUCCAGAGCUCCGGCUCAGCCCUGGCCUGCAUGCUGAGCACCAGGUCCCUGCUGGCCCACCCUUACCUCCACAUCAACAUCUUCCAGCACAUCGGGCUGCCCAUGUUCUCCUGGGACAAGAAGCCCCGACGGAUUCACAUGAUGAGCCUGGGCGUGCUUAACCUGCCCCGGCUGCCCGUGCUGGACUGGGCCUUCGGCCACUCCAUCGUCAGCUGCCACGUGGAGCACCACCUCUUCCCCAACCUCUCCGACCACAUGUGCCUAAAGGUGAAGCCUGUGGUAUCCCGGUUCCUCCAGGAGAAGCAGCUGCCUUACAACGAGGACACCUACCUUGCUCGCUUCCAGCUGUUUCUCAGUCACUAUGAGGAGUUCAUGGUGCAGACCCCUCCCAUCACGGAGCUGGUGGGGCUGCCUUGAGGGGUGGGCCGGCGCAGCCACCCCGCUCCCCUCCGGGGCCCAACCCUGGCCCUUCUGCUUCUGCUUGCCCUUCCCCAGCAGGUGCGGCUGGGCUGCUGGUGGCAGACCUGGAGCUCAGAGGCCCUGGCGGGCGGGGGGCAGGGAGUUCAUGCUGGGGGCUCUGGGCGCGGGGUCAUCUGCCCUGCUGGCUCGCCUGAGUUUCGAGGGCCAUCUGGAGGAAAGGAAUAAAGGCGGCUGGGUGUUCUGGGCGUCCUGGCCGACUUCAUCUCGGGACUGAACAGCUGGGUUCCUCCCCACUCUGCCUGAGCCCUGGUAGGGACGAGAGAGGGUAAUGGGGCAAGGAGAGCCUGUGCAGGGGGCAGGCCAGGAGGGGGCUCCGAGGGAGCAGGGCCUGCCCUCAGCUAGGGCCUCCCCGGCGCGUCACAGGCUUGGCCACUGCUGCUUCUCCUGCCCUUGGAGCCUCCGUCCCCCAAGGAGCCCUCUCCCCAGGGACCCCAGGGGCGGUUACCUUCGGCCGCCUCGCCUGCUUUCCCAGCCAGAGGAGCCUGUGCAAGACCCUGGCUCCCAAGAGCCGCAGCAUCAGCGAGGUCAAAGUGUAUGUUUUAUAAACAGAACAUUCCAGGUUCUGGAAGUAAGGGAAGAAAGAGUGUAAGUAGCUCUAACAUGAUCCUGGCUAGCUCCAGAAAGUCUGCUUUGUUCCAUGUGAUUUAGAACGGGAGGACCUGGAAGGAUUGUCAAGUGAGAGAAAAAUUACUGGGAGGGUAACUGAGGCCGUGGGGGUGAUGGGCACAGGGUCUGGAGGACAGAUGGCCUCCGAGAGGAAGGAAGGAGGAGAAGGGGCGUGGGGCACAGGGACAAGAGUGGGAGGCAGCGCCAGCCAGAGGAAGAGGUCCAGGUGCA